AUGAUACUGUAUAUUUUUAUCUUUCAGGAGAAGAAAACUCCUUGCAAAAGGCGAAAGCAUGCUACCGAGUCUGUUUCCAAUGAUGAAGCGUCCAAAGGCAAAGAUACUGGCGAGGCUGGUCAAAAGAAAAAUUUACCUCCAUAUACUCAGUGGUUCGAUAUAGAUAAUGUUAACAAAAUUGAAGAGGAAUGUGCAAAUAAUAUUUUCAUUGGGCUUGGACUUGAGGAGGAUGCACUUCUAGAGGCCUACAAGACGCUGCGCAACAAAAUCGUGAGACUCUAUCGCAAGAAUCCUCUAAAGUACUUGUCCGUAACUGAAUGCGUAAGGAAUAUCGAUGGAGAUGCUUCACUGGUCAUGAAGGUACACACUCUCUUAGAUUACUGGGGAAUUAUUAACUUUCAAGCCCGCAACGAACUAGGCGACCGCAUAAGUUACAGUUAUAUCAAUGCAAAGGAUGACGCCAUUUCUGGCAACACUACGGGUUCCUACUCAUUGAGAUAUCACAGCUACCACGAAGCUGUCCCUGGGGAUAAUUACUUUUCUGGAAAAUUGAACACACCAUUUGAUACCAGUGAUGAUAGAUUUACCUCCAAGUCAAUAGAUGGCGUCGUAAAAUUUUGUUCAAACUUCAAUUCUGGCUUUAGUACAAAAUCUUCAUCAAUUUAUCCAAAGUGUUGCAGUUGUGGAGUCCCAUGUAAAGCUUCGUACUACAUCCUUGGACCAAACGCAGUUGGAGACAUAUCUUCAACACUGAGGAAUAAUGGGCUAUGGUGCAGCCUAUGCUACGGGAAUUCAAAUUAUCCAAUUUCACUCUGCAAAAGUCAUUUUGUGCGCAUUGAUGUGCCCCCCGGCCUAGCAGAAACCGCAUGUAAAUUAGGAGCAUCUAAAAAUGCAGAAGCUGUAUGGUCUCCUGAAGACUUUGAAAAGCUUUAUGAAGCAAUAAGGAAGUAUGGUACUGAUUGGCAAAAUGUGGCACAGUACAUGGGCCAGAAUAAGACACCCUCAGAAUGUAUCUACCAGUUUGUAAAUGCACCUCUUGAGAGUGAAGUCAUGAGCAAGGUCAAGCUUACAACAUAUAUGGAACCAUCAAUUAAUGAGAAUAUAAAGGCGUCGUUCCCAUUUUUUGACAGCCCAAAUACAAUUGUGGCUCUCCUCUCAUUCUGUGCUAGUGUUGUCAGUCCAGUAGUUGCUUCUUCAGCGGCAAAGGCAGCCCUCAGGGUGAUUUUCAAUAAUACAAGGAAGUUUCCGAGCGACGUGGAUCAGUUUAUUAAAAAGGGUGUAUGCUCAAAACUGGGCGCUGAAAAUGUAACCAUGGAUGCUAUUUUGAGUCAAGAUGCAAACAACACACCAUCGAAAGAAGCUACUCCAAAAAGUGCUACUGAGGAUGAAGGGGAAAAAAAACUGGAUGAACCUCAAGAACAAGUGAAUAAAGCUGAAGGUACCACGGACAAAGCAGAUGAUGAUUCCGCUCUCGUAGACAAGAAUGAGACUGAAGAUAAAACUGACGCUUCUAAAAUUCAGACCGACGACUUAGCUCCGGUAUCUGAGUUACCAGAGGUGAUUGAGAAAACAGACAAAGAUGAAAAUCCUGCAAAUACUCCAUGUAACAAGGGGGCAUCUCCAAAAUCAAACAUAUCAAGCAUUCAAAACCUUUCUAGUCGUGAGGUGGACAAUCUAUGUCCUCUUCCAAGCAAUGCAUACAUGAGUGGUAUAGAUGAUUCCACCGUUGAUAAAACGUUACCAUCAAACGAAGGUGAAAAAACGGUACAAAAACGACCACAUGAAGAAAUCACAGGCGACAAGGAGCCUUCUGAUGUCCAAAACAAGGAUAAUAAUACAUCAAAGAAUACAAACAACGCGGAGUACCCAAUUAAAACUGUAAAGGCAUCAACGGUUCAACUUGCGGCUGCAGCGGCUUUGGGUGCUGCAGCCGCAAGAGCGGAGGAAUUGGCAAUUCUGGAAAACGACAGACUUUCACAAGCUCUUCCUUCACUUAUUUCUCUGAAAAUAAAGAGGAUAAAGGAAAAGCUGCGGAUAUUCAAGAACAACGAGGAACAAAUGAAGAAAGACAAGGUUCAACUGGAAAGAGAGUUAAACAGGAUUCUAAAGUGCAACGGUAUCUUAAGGUGA